UCUCCGAAUAUAUAGACAAUGGGGACCUCAAAGACAUAUCUCCGGGCUCAUGAGCCAAUAUCGACAAGCCUUAGAUUGAAAUGGGUGUACCAGGUUGCGGAGGCUGUCAAUUUCUUACAUACACACGGGGUAAUCCAUUGCGACGUAAAACCGUAAAACCACGAAACUUUUUAUUGGAGGCGACUCUCGAAAUUAAAACCAUUGUCUUCUCUGGCUCUUCGCUUGAUGGGUCGAAGCCGGCCUCUGGUGAAGGCACCCGGUUUUUCCUCCCACGGCACUGGAGAGAUCAACCCACGGUGACCCCAGAUCUAUUCGCACUUGGGUCGACUCUCUACGAGAUUUCCUAAUGUAUUAGUCCCUACGAGGAUACCCCUAGUGACGAGUAUACUAUGUGGGACAAACCAUCAAGCAAUGUUGGCUAUCUCAAGUCGGUUCAGCAGCGUAUGUAGGCUGCCGUCCAGGACAUCAUUUCUCGAACGGCCAGCGUCGGCCGUACCCCUCACCUGAUGGUCCGGGCAUACGUCGGGGUGUGUUGGUUGAACAAGUUGCCUCUUCUUAAGAUUGAUCUGUCUUGCUGAGACACAUUUGUUUGGAGUUCUUGGAGUCGUGUCGCAUGUGGAUG